AUGUCCGGCGCAGAGCCUGCAGACGCCCCGUCCGAUGCAGGACACACUUGGGGCGAGCCCCGCACAGAGGACGCAGGCGACGAAGCCGGCGCUGGAGCUGGAGGUUCCCGUUCGCGGCCGGGAGCAGCUGCCGUGCAGAUGGCCGUCAGGGUCCUCACCGAGGCGACCGAGGACAUGGUGAUGGACACGUUAGAAGAUGUGCGCCUCAAGGCCCGCGCCCGAUUGGCAGCCUUGUUCGCGCAGUCGGUGGCGGAAGGGCAUCAGGCGUACGACCCUGACCCGGUCGUUGGCCCUGGUGUUUUCUAUGACUCCGCUUUGCUCGCGGCGAACCUGUUCCCCGAGGAGGCAGUGGACGAGGCCUUGGCGCAGACUGCUUUGGAUGGGGGUGUCGUAGACUCGUCCGACAGCAUCUCCGACACUCCUCCCGAGGGUGCUCCUGCAGAGAAGUCCGCACCUGCACAGCCGGCACCCAGUCCGAAGUCGGUGGCCAAGCCUACAGCCUUUUCGCCGCCGCCGCUCUCCAAGAAGGCCACGGCGAAGGCGCCGAGCCCGCAGCAGCUCCACCCUCGUGACGCCCGUCAGCCUAAGGCUUCGGAUGCGGUGGUGCCUGUCGCGCCCCAGGUCUUGAAGGUGGAGGUGACAGUCCCGGCCGAGUUUCAGGACGUGAUCGCCACCGAGACAUACACCAACGACCCCGUCCUGGUCGCGCCCAAGGGAGGUACCAACCCGAACCCGCUAUUCAGGUACCCUCCGGUCCCGGCGCACGUCCAGUUCGGCGGUGGAGGUCCUCACCCUACAGCUCCCGCCCAGCAGCAGGUCAUGGUGAAGAACGUGCCCAAGGUCCCGUUCGUGCCCAAGGUGACGACGGCUCCCCCCCCGGCUCCUUCCAGUUCGGCGACUACAGCAGCACCGGCAGCGGAUGCCAGUGCGGGGGCGAAGCCCGCGGGGACCACGCAGCACCAGUUCGUGCGGAACCCGAAGGCGCAAGGGAACCGGGCGGACAUCCCGAGCGGCGAGCCCAAGGCGAAAGCGAACCCGGUCGUGCCUACCGUGUGGCCGCCUGGCGCCACCCUUCCGACAACGACUGCCGCUGGCGCCCAGUUCGCUACGGUGCCCUCGCUGCGGGCUUCGGCCUUGCGGCAGGGUGAACAGACGUGGGCAUCGUCGCGCCCACUCUCGCCACCU